GCUUGGGAGGAGUCUGCAGUCUUUGGUACUUUCAGGUUUGCAUGCUUCUUCUCCCAGUAAAGAAGGGGUUGAGCAGGAGCGAAGGCACAGGGAUUUAACAAAGUACCAGGAAUCAACGCAGCUACUCACACAGCAAUUUCAGUCCAGUUACUCAACAUAUCCAACUGCUGAAGAUGGUCGAGGCAUUUUGUGCUACUUGGAAGCUGAUUGACAGCCAGAACUUUGAUGAGUAUAUGAAGGCACUGGGAGUUGGCUAUGCAACUCGCCAAGUGGGGAAUGUUACCAAACCAACUGUGAUCAUCAGCCAGGAGGGAGAGAAGGUGAUGAUCAAGACCCAGAGUACCUUCAAGAACACUGAAAUCAGCUUCAAGCUGGGAGAAGAAUUUGAUGAAACUACAGCAGAUGACAGGAACUGCAAAUCUGUGGUGACCAUGGAUGGAGAUAAAUUAGUUCAUGUACAGAAAUGGGACGGCAAAGAAACAAGCUUUGUUAGAGAAAUUAAAGAUGGUAAAAUGAUAAUGACCCUCACCUUUGGUGAUAUUGUUUCUGUUCGCCAGUACGAAAAGGCAUAAUCUUUGUUGAUGAAUACUUCUGGAUGAAAUGAAGAACUGUUUUGUCGCUAAAAUGAUAAUUGAAAAUGACAUGGAAGGAAAACUAAGUGCUAGUUUGUUUUUUAACUGUAUGCCUCCAAUUUAGUAAACUGUGAAUUGCUGCAAGUAAAACUUUUCAAUAAAACUUUGAAACUCCUGUGUGCAUUAA